AGCACCGUCGUCACUGGCUUCCCAAUCCCACGGCCGCCAAAUUGCCCGCAUUUUCCGCCGCCGGCAACCCCCUACUAAUGUCGAAGAACAAACUUUGCUGCCGUUGGCGGCGGCUCCUUCUUUGCCUGCCUCUCCUAUUCCUUCUGCAUCAUCUUGUUUCAGUUUUGCGUUUGCAGAAACAUAACCGGAAGUUCCCGGGAGAUGUGCCAUGUGUGGAAGGGGCGAACGAGUUGAAGAAGAAGAUGAAGUUUGAUCAUCUGGUUCUGGGACCUGCCGCUGGUCAAGGUUUACGCGACCGCCUGCAUUGCCAAGGUAACAAGGCUCUCAACAGAACACACUCCCCGACUUCUGGAAAUUCACUUUUCGGAGAUAAUGUUUCUUUAGUUACUGUAUUUGCCACUUAUGACGCUCCUGUUGAUAGUCAAAGUAAUGACAGAUUAGCAAACAUGGUUACUGUUGGGAAUGUUUCAUACAGCAAGAUGGAGAGGUCAAUUGCCAUCUUAAAUGUUUUUAUCAAUUUCAUUCAGGCGACCAUGCCGCGAAGCAGCAUAAUUAUUCUUACUGAUCCUUCUACUCAACUCCCAGUAAAAAGGAACAAAGUUUUUAGUCAUCCUAUUCAAGGUGAAUAUUCACGAGACAAGUUGAUGCUUCAAAGAAUCAGGUCCUACAUUAUAUUCCUUCAAACAAGAUAUAAGGAAAAGUCUAGGUUGCAGGGGAAGGUUAAUCACUAUAUUUUUACAGACUCAGAUUUAGCAGUUGUUAGUAAUCUGGGACAGAUUUUUGAGGACUACCCUAAUUUUGAUAUUGCUCUUACCUUCCGUAACAACAAAGAUCAACCUCUAAACUCAGGAUUUAUAGCAGUUCGAGGCACUCCAGAUGGAAUCCUUAGGGCUAAACAUUUCUUGCAGCAAGUCCUAGAAAUUUAUAGUACAAGAUAUUUGAAAGCUUCCAGAAUGCUUGGAGAUCAAUUAGCUCUAGCAUGGGUUGUUUUCAAGUCAAACCAUUCAUUUGAUGCCCGAAGAUUUACUCGCGGACAGCCAUUCCUAGACAAAAUCAAUGGGGCAUCCGUUUUAUUUCUACCUUGUGCCUUGUACAAUUGGACCCCACCCGAGGGUGCUGGUCAGUUCCACGGGAUGCCCCUUGAUGUUAAGGUAAUUCAUUUUAAGGGGUCAAGAAAGCGACUUAUGCUCGAGUCAUGGAACUUCUACAAUUCGUCGUCACUCCCAUCACCUCAGAAACUCUCCGAUAUGUUAUGCCUCAUUUUAAGAAGCGGUCGGACGAAGUAUGAUUUUUAAAAUUUGAAUUUAUAGCAGAUUUAUCGGUUUGAGCGGAAGGGGUUUCUUUUAUGUAAAUUGUGAUCUAAAGAGCCAACUUCCAUUGUCAAAUGCAACCAGUCUGUACUGUCUUCCUCAUGUGUGAAGACACUUGUUUUGGUCUGGAAAAAGAAGCCAUCCUUUUGCCUUUUCACUCUCAUGUAUGGCAGUUCAAAUAUUGUGUUGGAUUCUUUCUCAAUGUUAAUAUUUCCUCUGUUCCAAAAUGAAGUUUACUGUUUGACUUUACGUAAUCUAAGAAAAUUGUGGUUGAAAU